AUGGUGUUGAUGUUAAAGAGCUCGAAGAACAGUCUUACGGCAACUUCAAUGGGGGAAGAACUGGAAUCAGAACCUUUGCAGCAUAUGAUAUCAGGCAGUCCUUGCAGCAUGUUGUCGUCCCCAUUUCAAUUGAAACCACAGCUUCGAGACAUGUUCACUGAUUCGAACAGCCGUAGUAAACCGGUUGGGGACGUAAUCAACUUAAGAGGUAAAUGCACCAAUCAUCAUAUGAUGGAAGCUUGUUUUAGUGGAGAAAAUGAUAUAGUAAGUGGCAUCAUGGUAGAAACCGCCCACCAUAGCAUCCCACAGGUCUGCAACAGUACUGAGUUGAGCCAAAAGCGGCAAAGCUUUAAUCUUGAUGAGCUAUUAGGACAUUAUUCACCUCCCGGGCCUCCUUUCAGUAGUCCUGGUCAGAAUGAGGAGGAUGAUAAAGACACUAUGGUUCAUCAGAGCCGGAUUUCUUGGCAAUUCAAUCAUUCCAAACUUACAAACUUAGCCAACGGGAUUGGAUCAAAGACCCAGAAACCUAAUGCCAAGAAGGCAAAGAGCCCGGAACUAUGCCGAAGCAUGAUUCCUAAACUAAACCCUUCACCAGAAAAUUGA